AUGUCUUCCUUAUCCAACAAUCAGCCCCACGCAUGGGCCUCCCUGCCAGAUGCAGUCGGCGCAUCUUUCACCACUCUGAACAACACUUUAAACCACGACAAACAAUGGCAGGCUUUUAUCGAUACUGAGGCAAUCCACGAUUCGGUGACUAUGGGUGUCCAAUCCACUGGCUCGGACCAGGCCAUCCUCGUCACUGUUGAGCCGGGCCUCCGAACCAUUGUCUCUCGGGGCUCCUCAGCCUCUGCAGACUUUGUAUUACUGGCGCAGCCGAGUCACUGGGAAAAAUACUUUUCUGCAAGCCCACAAGCGCCAUAUACUAGCUUUGUUGGCAUUCAGGCAAGUGAUAAAGAUGGGCGUCGUAUUUGGAUGUAG